AAUGAUGACAAGUCAAUUCCUUGACUCUCAUCUUAUCUAUCCUUCUGAGUGUCUGGCUGUUUGCCAAAGCUGCUGCACUCUCCCAUGUGGGGGUUUCUAUACCAACAUAUUUAGCCCUUCUCCAGAUCACUCCAUAGUUGGAACUUUCACCCCUUUUGGACAUGGCAGCAUCUACCUUCCUAGCAGCAACACCGUAACAGUGAUGUUUAAUCAUGAAGGAGGUCUGGUGACUAAUAAAGAUGAAGAAAUGGUCAGAGAAUGGAAAUGGCCUCAGGAUGGCAAGCUUGCCCAGCCAGUUGUAGCACAGGUUAAUGAAUACAUCACAGUGAGAAUUGCAGGGCGCUUUGCAAUUAGCUUGGUCUACAAGUGGCAACAUGAAAGUGUGUGCUUGUCUUUGUCACCGCGGCAGGAUGCGGCUCUUCCACAGUUAGAAGAAUUGCCAAAGUUGACAGAGCAGUUGAUGAAAAACAAAGUUCGAGAGGCAGCUGUGAGCCACACAGAUGACAUCGUUGCAGCCAGAGACCUGAGGAAUUUGCAGAGGAAGAUCUGGAGCAUUGUGGAUGACUGGAUGCGGUAUUAUCACACAGCCCUAGGAAUUGAUCGCAUACGCCUCCAGAAAACGUCUGACCUUCCUCUGAAACCCUUGAGGAAGGGCAUAACUCAGUCUGCAGGUGCUCUCCCAGUGACCUUGGACUUGCAGAGAUCUCAAGGGAAGAGGAAAGAGAACAGCCGAGUUCCCGAGUCAGAAACUCCUCUCCUUCUAGAUCAAGUGCAGUCAGCUCCUCCUCGCAGCAUGCAGCAGGAACCAUGCUCUCAUCCUUUCAGGGCUCACGUUUUACUGAAUAGCAAAACCAAAUCAGAGAAACUGCAUGUGGCUCGGUUCCAUUUAAAUAAAAGAAGGAAUGUACUGGAUGUCAUUAAUUCAUGGGACAAGCUGUGGGGCACAUCCCAGGCUGCUUGUCCUGCUGUGCUUCGAAGAGUUAUGAUGGGGGAGGAAGGGAAGACAUGCAAGUGUAGUAAUCAUCGGAUUCCCUAUGUGUCAGAUCUGGAGUAUGAUCACCUCAUUAACAAUAAGAUGUCCUCUAAUGAGCAGAUUAUAGUGGUCUGUGUCUCGUCUUCACAAACAAACAAAGAUCAAAGUGAAGACAAGAUAGAGCAGCUGUAUGAACGAAAGAACAAGAACAGAAGCAUGCCUUGUGCUCAGAGUUGUCUGGAUUCCUUUCGCCUCCUCAGAUAUGACAUCACUUCUGCAGAUGCAUUUACUGAUCAUAAAGGUUCCUUACUGGAAAAGAGACAUAACGUAGUUCCUGGCAUGUUUUUGUUGCAGUGUGGCCAUGUGGGCACGGAUGGAAGGCAGCAGCUUUAGAUUUCAGUCCAUUGGUCCAGAUUCCAUGUUUAUCCCAAACGACGAAGGUGACUGGUUUCCCCAGCAAGCAGCUGUGUGCCCAGUUUGUGCUACUGGUAACCUUCUGCCAAGUGUGAAGCAGGGACAGAAGUCUCCCAAGCACGUGAGGAAGCUAGAACACAAAAAAUAAAAAGGAAAUAAAGCAGGAAAGGGACAAAGCUUGCCCUCAGAAUACCUGCUGCAUUUGCCAUUGCUGUGGAAAUUCGUACACAUUCAUAAACAGACCUCUGUGGAGAGAUAGGCCAUCAAGGCAUACAUGCAAUGCCUAGGAUGAAGAGCAGGAGAACCCACAUGUUUUUCCCCCCAAGAUGUGAAUAUGUACAAGAUUUCCAGAAAAGGUCCGGUGAAACUCCAGUCUGACUUUAACCUAUCCCAGACUUUCCCAGCCAGCGUUCUAGCAUGCACGUUUGAGAUGGGGAAUGCAACAAAGAUUUCAUUAAACCCACUGGUGACUUCAUUGCCAUUCCCAGAUUGCUACCAGUUGGAAGUAUUGAGGCUGCAUAGUGGUAAGGGGUGGUACACACUUACAACUGGUUGUGCAGGUCAAGUUAAACUUCAUAUGAGAAACUUCGCAGAUGAGGUUUUCAUUAUUCUUCUCCCUCGAUCAGUAGAGUACUGUCCUGAAAAAUGUGAGGGAAAGUCACACCAAUCCAUUUAAUUCCAGCUGACCUCAAGAUCCAAAACAUUUUAAAGGAAAGCUGGUUUCUCUAAUUGUGUUUGCCUUGCAGUUGACUAAAGCCUUGCCAGCUUCUUAAGUGCACUCAUUACAAUAUAGGCUGGAUGUUUCGAGCUGAUUCUGCAUCUUAUCAACAGCAUAGAAGGAAUUUGUGCUAUAUCAGGCCAUUCAGUGAGUUUGAACUUCUCCGGAUUCAAGAGCUGAGUGGAAGUCUUCUGGGAAUAUAAUUCAAAAUAGUUUCUGUCAUUUUCUGCUGCAGAUAAUCAAGAGGACAUUGGUUUUAGUAAUUUUUCUCAAGUAAAAAUAAUGCUUAUGAAUUGAGCCCAGGAUGUGGAAGCCUCUAUACAUGGAAUGUGACGAUACACCCAGCAACUGUUUGUACAGUUUUCUGUUUCACAAAAGCUACUCUAGAAAGGCCAUAGUCAGGAAUUUACAGGAUAAUCAGUCUCUAUACGUCUUCUAUUCUUGACUUCUUUCAGAACACUGGUUUGCUCAUUGUGUGGUGAUGAUGACUUGUAUGCUUAUUAGCAAUUACAUUAUUCAUUAUCUCAUUCCAAAUUAUUCAGCCAAGCAGCCAUGAAACAAUAAUACAUUUCUGUUACUCUCAUCCUACUGAACAGCCAACUUUUGUUUUCAGUUUGUCCUUCAGUUAGGCAAACCUUCUGCAAUGACAGUUCAUCAUAGUCCAGAAACAACCUGAAGAGAUCAUCUAGCCUCACCAUUAUCACCAGUACAAAAUCAACUAUGUCAGAGCUUUAGACAUACAUGAAAUAGACCUUUAGACCUGAAUUGAUUUUCUAGAGUCUUUCACAGCCCCUGAAGAAAAACAGGCACUUCCACAGCAUAAUUCAUAGAAUAGUUUGGGUUGGAAGGAACCUUCAAAUCUCAGCUAGUCUGACCCCCUGCGAUGAGCAGGGACAUCUUCAACUAGAUCAGGUUGCUCAGAGCCCCGUCCAGCCUGGCCUGGGAUGUCUCCAGGGAUGGGGCAUCUACCACCUCUCUGGGCAACCUAUGCCAGUGUUUCACCACCCUCAUUAUAAAAAAUUCCUUCCACAUGUCUGGCCUGAAUCUCCCCUCAUUUAGUUUGAAACCAUCACCCCUUAUCCUGCCAUAACAGGCCCUGCUAAAAGUCUGUCCACAUCAUCUCCUUCCAAUGUAUAAUGGAAGUGGGUCAAAUUAAUCACAUGCUGGAAAUGCCUGUUUCUCUCCCAUGGGAUUCAGCAUAGGUGAGGUGAAUUCUACUCCUGCUGCUUAACCUCUUCAUAAAGAUUCGGUGAUAGAGAAGCCAUAAUAUGCUCACAAAAGUAUAUCUGAAUGCUUUAUACUCAUAUUGCUUGAUAGCUUUUCCUAUUUAAUUUUUCUUCCUGUAGUUAAAGCCCAUUAUUUCUUGCUCUGUUCAUCAUGGACAUGGCAAAUAGACCGUUCUCUUUCUUUCUGUAGCAAGCAGGUCAUCUCUUUCACUUCCCUUCUGUCUCCCAUAACUAUAAACCCCCACUCAGUCUUCACGUCUGUAUGCUAAACAAGCACAAGUUACGCAACCUUUCUUCAUAGGUCAUAUUUUCUGGAGCCCUUUGCUUUCCUGCAGAUUCUUGCUGGUUGGUGUGCGUUUGGCCACUCCAGCCCUGCUGAGCUUACAGUACUUUGUAUUUCACAGGUUAGAUUCCUAUUUGCACAACCCACAAUGAUUAGAAGUUGUAUGUCAUCACCACAAAUAAUCUAUAUCACGAAUGGGACAGCUCAGCCAUUUCGUUUGUACAUUACCAGCCCAAGAACAGUUGUUCUACAAAACCCAAACAGAUAAAAAAGCUUUCAUUAAAUGCCUUUCAACUCUGAUGAUUCAAUUUAAAUGAACUUUAGUGUUUUUACUUUAAAAUUUGAAUGCACGUGCACAUAUACCCAUGGAUUUGUCAAGUGGCUUUUCUAAGGGGCAGUUUGAAUCAGCAGAAUUUUUUCUAUUAUAUGAAUAUGUGAAAUUUGUUAAUCUGCAUGAAAUAUUCCUAGACAGAAGAAAAUUAGCCUUGAGAAUGACCAUCUCAGUUCAAAAAGCCAGGCAAAGAGAACUUGUGAUAAAUUUAAGACAGCCCCAUUUUACUCCUUUAGUCAUCUGGAAAGAGGCAGAAGGGCACAUAAAGGGAAAAGCAUGGGCUGAAAUCCCAAAACUCCUACUGUGGAUUGCUUAAUGUCUGUGCUAAAUAUCUAAAAGUUCCCCUUCUCCCAAAGGUUAAAAGGAAUCAGGACAGAGAUAUAUAUGCUUAUAAAACCAACCUACUGUUGCCAAUAAUAAAACAUUUUUUUAUUUUGUCAUUUUUUUAAUGUUCUGACAUAUUACUGCUCUGAAGUUCAGAGUUUCAUUAGUAUUAAAGUUCAUCUUUGACCUUUCACCUUUUUAUGUGGAAGAAUUAGUCAGGGAGAAAAACAUUCCUCUUUGCCCUGGCUUGCUUAUUAUGACUCCCUCAAGAAUUUAAGUCUGAGGCCAUUUGCCAGAACUAUGUUUAGCUCUAAGGGAAGAAAGAACCUCCCUCCACUUCAAAAUGCCACCAUCCAAAUUUAUCUCUUGGCUUUCACUAAAGACUUGGGUUUGAAAGCACUCUGGAUUAAAUUUACCCCAGCAGGGGUAAAAAAGCUUUGCUUAUGCCAGUUUAUACCUACAGAGAAAAGUUGACCUUCAGAGCUACUUGCUAAUGAACCUGGUGUUUUAGGAGUGAACAAAGCCAGAAGGAUACCCCAUGGAAGACAUAAUUCUUAUGCCAUAAAAUGCCAGCCUGUGAAAGUCACAUGCUACAGAAAGCCAUACUGAGAGUGACAGGAAUUAGCAAAACACUGGAAAACUUUGACUGGUAAUAUUUACAUAUUAUGCAAGCAAAGCAAAGCGUCAAGCAUACCUGAAUUUCAUGCUUGAAGGCAUAAACUGAUUGCUUGUGGUGGAAGGAAUAAUGAAAUUCCUAUGUCAUACUAUUACAGAGUCAACCAGGUGAAUUGUAAUGGAAAGGGCUACAUUCCUCUGACAGCGAGCGUGAUUGCCAGAGGCAGCCUUUUCAUUUGUAUUCACUUAGAAAAGUUUCAAUGCAUUGUGUACUCAUGCAUCAGAUCAUCUUUGGAGUAGAUUUAUCUACCUCUUCUAUCCGCCUCUUCAUUUUGUACAAUCACGUGUAUCAGAGAAUAGCGGUGUUAUUACCAGAGCAUUCUGUAGACAAGUCCCCCAGUGGCAAAAGGUUCCUUCGCGGUUGGCUUGUGAUACGUUUUCAUUAUUAACCACAAUAAAACAAGAGUCAGAGUUCUAAACGGAAUAACAAAACUGGUAUGCGCCCCGGCACAUUUUGGCAGCCGGACAAUGCCGCUGGUUAAUCAAAGCCAACGUGAGAGGCGUGUUGUGUGUUGUUUCCUCAUCCAUGUGGCAGUGGAAGGCACUUCAGUUGGACAACAUGACACGCCAGGGCUUGCAGCAGCAAGAGGCAGCUCAUUCAGAUUAUCUGUACCGGGAACCCAAAGGCUGGAACAUACUGGGGAGUGGUGACCAAACCAAAGCACAACUUCCCAGCAUGUGGAGCAGAGGCAGUAAGCUGGGCUGUAAAUGGCUGGAGGUUUCUUCUCUUAUUCUCUGUGCUCGCACCAUAAGAAAGAAAGGAACAUGCAAUAUGGAGGGAGAACAAUAACAGAGAUAUAGAAAGAGACUGGAUGUCAGAUCAGAAGGAUCUGUGUAAUGAGAAAUACGAUAGGGAAGGGGAAGGAAGACCAGUUAUGGGAAGCAAGAUGAGGCACUGAUUAUGAAAAAAAGUAGUAAGCAGAGAAAGAAACCUAUGUAUAAGCAAAGUAUGAGGAAGAAACUGGAAUGAGAAUAGGAAAAUCAAGAGGGAGUCAGGAAAUUCAGAACAAAUGAAUGAAAAGAGUUUGCCUCAAGGGGAAAACACACAGAUAUAAAGGGGUAUGCAUAGCCAGAAGAUCAGUAGCUGAGGCCAGAUGUUGCUAUCACUUCCACCUGCUGACAUACACUCAAAACUGUACCCCAAGGAGAGCUUACAGGAUUCCCUUUGUUGUGAUGCCAACGCUGCUCACAACAUUGGAUUUAAGCAGGGGAGCAGGGAAAUGAGGACCCGUGUCACAGUGUAACAUGUAUUCAACUGGUCAUCACUUCCAAAUCUGCACUGCAUUGAAUGCUCCUCUCACACUCAGGUGAAGAGAGAUCUUCACAGUAAUGAGACAAGGUACUUGCAAGAAAAAUGUUUCAGGGUUGAAUAAAACAGUGCUAUCAUAACUUCUA